UUCGCCUAGAAAGCAUGUUGUUGAAUUUUUAAAACGUUGUUUAUAUAUUUUAUUUAUUUUGACAAAUGGCUCGAAAGCGUAAAAUUCCCGUUCGCAAACAUCAUGGAAUACGUGAUCCACUCAAGCAACAGGAGACAAGAGAGAAAAAAUUGGCCAACGUGAUCAACAAUCCGCCAGAGAAAACUGAUGAGCAGCGUGUCUCAUUUCGGUUUAAGCAAUUCCAAAAACUAACUGAAGCUAGCAAAAAGGGCAAUAAAGUCAAAAUAGGUACCAUAGGCAGAGAGGACAAGCCAAAGUCCUCAACAGGUGCUUCCCACUCGAAUUCCAAAACGAAUGCCAUCAAAAAUAUACGACAACUCGCCGAGGAAACUGAUGAAGACUACCUGAGGCGAGUGAAUCGUAUAACCAAUGCCUCAGUCCGUGAGGCGCAAUAUGAGGCCAAAUACGGUGUAAACGUCCUGCGUAAUCCCAAAACGGGAGAAAUUACAGUGCAAAAGCGUCCAAAGAACGAGAUCGAUGAACUGAUGAAGCAAAAGCAGCAUGAACGACGAUUGCAGAAGAACGGAAAGAAUCGAAAAAAGCUAGAGAAACCCUCUAUGGAUGAGAAGACCAGAAAGGAGCUGGUCAAGCAAGCCAUUCGAGAGGUUAAACAGGAACAGCGAAAUGGCAUAAAAGAUCCGGACGAGGUAUCUCAUCCCGCUGAAUACAAAAGAGAUACUUUCACAUUUGGCGAAACAGUCCAUGCUCCACCUUCACUGAAGACUCUGCCACGAAAGGCUACCAAGAGUGAAACAGUGCCACGACCUGGGCGAAAGGGUAAUCUUUUACUGUCCUCUAUGCUGGAUGGAACGAAUCGGCAAACACAAGCGAACGAGGAGAGAGUGAAACCAACUGCCAUUAGUAAAAUCCAACAUAAGACACCCACAAAAGUUCAAAUGAAAGGCAAACGCAAGGAUCUUCCAGCAGCCACACGAUCCAUGCUAGAAACUGAGCAACAAAAAAUGAUCGAAUUGUAUCGUCAACUGAAAAGCAAAUCGACGACCAAUAAAAGUAGUGAUUAAUUGGAAUAUAAA